AUGUUUUACCAAGCGGAUGCCUCGUCGGACAUCGCCGGCCUCGGGGGUGCCAGCGGCGCGGAUAUUCUGAACGAGUUCGACCUGUCUCUGCUGGAGCCGAGGCUCGGCGGCGGGGCGGGCGGCUUCCAGGCGCCAGGCCUCCUCCUCGACGGGACCUGGACGCCGAAGGACAGCGACCCUUCCUUCUGCACCGACCUCCUCUUCUCGCAAGAUUCUCCGACGUCUUCCGACGGCCUCUCGCCGGAGUCCUUCUGCCUGGACUUCCUCCCCGCCGCGACGGACGCCGCCUACCCCAUGGAGGGCGCCCCGCCGGCCCCGAGGACCGGCGGCUCACGCGACGCCGAGGCCGGGCAAGGUCCCCGUGUACAUGUGGCCGCGCCAGAGCGACCCCGAGAUGGAGAAGAAGCGGCAGAGGGCGCUCAAGGCCUACAACAACCGCCAGAAGGUGUCCCAGCGCGAGCAGGCCAUGCAGAGCCAGAUCGCGUGCAUGGCCAGGCUCAUCGGGCAGCUGCAGGCGGAGAAGAAGGCGCUGGAGAGCAGGCUGGCGGAGGCGGAGGCGCGGCUCAGCCUCUUCGGCGCCGGAAGGGAGCCCGGUCGUAA